GACUAGCACAAGGGAGAUCACAACUAGAAGAUACAUCGACAUCUUCUGAAACGUGUCAAAUAUCUCAAGAAACAUCUCUGCUACGCAAAGGAUCUCUGCUCCACCUGAAAAAACUUCUUCGUGCGGGAACGUCCAAAAUAGCAGUAACAUCUCACUCAAACAUCUCUGCUAUGUUGAUGCUAAAUGACGUGGGCGGAGACUAAGACAUGGCGUGUUGUUGUGGAGGCGAUGACCCGGUAGAUGAUGCACCAGGCGUGAAUGAAGAAAGAAAAGGGUACUACUUGUGAUUAAAUUGUACUUGAUGUUUCCUGACCUUUCUUUUUUCGGUUUUUGUUUUUUCUAGUUAGGUAUGCACCACCAACAUUAUUGUGCUUGUGAUGUUCCCCCUUGCGUGAUUUAUUUCGUUUCGCUGCAUAAGAAUUAUUUCGUCGAAGGCUGACCGAGGUGGAGAGCGUCGAGUUGAGUUAUAUGAAGUACGAAGAGACACCGAAAACAAGAAAGGAAAAAUCAGCACCAUUAGGUCUAAAAUCUGAUAAUUAUAUACUGUACUUGCUGAAGAGUACGUACUAAUACAACCUAAUUACUACUAAUACAACCUAAUUACUACUAACAACCGGUUAGUUUUCACCUCCACACUCUUAGGCUUAUCCCAUGCAACUAAUACAACCUAAUUACUACACAAUACAUGAUUAUAAGUUACUUAUUAAGAUAGUGAAGAAACAGUCGAGAAACCACUAACAAUCCAACAACGAGCUAGGCCAGCGGGGAGAAUUCGCCAGGGAAAUCUUAGGCAGAUUGCCGAGUAGAUUCGAGUCAUCAUCAAGAUAGUGAAGGUUGUAGUUUGCUAGAGUUUCUAGGUAGAACUAUGGUGCUGAAUGCGCACGGGUGAGGCAGGGCCCCAUCUGAAUCUGAAUCUGGCAGUCGGGUCCAACUCCAUCUCCCACAUCCACUACACCUCAUCACGUCCAACUCCAUAGGAAAAAUGGCAAGAAGAGUGACGCCGGAGCUGCUACGGUGGGAGGGAAGUCAAGAAAAGAAGAGGACACCGACUCUGAAGAAGAGGACAUCAGCAGUAACGAUCCUAACA